GGCGGCGCUCCCGAGAACCGCCCGGUGGCGAAGAACCUGGACUGUGAACCCUGGGUCAGAGAGAAAGUGCUCUUUCUUCUGCACCCGGAGAGAUGGUUGGGGACUCGAGGGGACUCUGCGCGGGAAGAAGUGGCCGGUGGGGAGGACCUUAUCCAGGAGGCCGGAGACGAUCGGGAAGCCGACCGCCCUUCCCUGUUUCCAGGAAAAAAGGGCAUUUCUGGCAGCCAUGGAGACGCUCCCUUCGGAGCCCCGCCGCGGGACCCCGCAACUCCGCCCAAGCCCGUGCUCGUGCGGAUUGUGGACUAUCAGGUGACAGAGGAAGUCCUGUGGACCGCUUGGACUCAGGGUCGCAUGACCCGGCGCACCGAGGAGCACUCCAUGACCGCGGUCACUUUUCGCACCAAUAGGGAGUGAAGCAGACUGUGGGGCGCCGGCCCCGCCCCCCGUCCGAGAACCCCGGGCUCUUCUCGGCGUGGGGAGAGGCACCCCACGGUCCCCGAGGACUUGAUUGCCCGAGGAUAUGAAACGGGAAAGGGGAGCCUAAGGAAUGUUGCGGGCGGGGGGAUGAGCAAAUAAUCCUUAAGAAAAGACAAAUUCUCUCCCGGGAACGCCAACCUGUUGUUAAUCAACGGGAGGACUUUUUAAAAGGCUGGGACGGCGCUUCAGGGAGGCGGACGACACCGCAAAGAACCAAAUGAAGAACUGUGAGCAACAUGAUACCUCCUUUGUGUCUUAAAUACUGUGACGGCCUGGGGACCUGAGUCCUUGAGAAGAGGGGCAGGAAAGGUAUUUUCAGAUCGGUAAAAUGAGAGCCUUUUGAAAUAAGAAAAUGUGUUCAGUGUCAUUUUGCACUACGUCUCAGUUGAUCUCUUUGCUGCCUCCGCUCUUUAAGAACUAAAAUCAGAAGUGAAGUUUGAGGUCGCUCUCUGCAAAGGGGGUGGGAGUAGAUGAGAGAGGCUUGUUUUAAAGCCGAAAAGAAGGUAGAAAGCAAUGGGAAAAUUAAGGCAGC